AUGUGGGAAGGGUGCUUAUCUUCAUUGAGAAAAAAGUGAAAACGCUAGGGGUUAAACAAAUAGGAAGGCUUGUUUAUUUACUUAUUUUACAAGCCAAGAGGCCAGUUAAUGAUUGGUAAGUCCCUAGUGGGUGUUGCACGUUUGGUGGGAGGCUGGGCUAUCUGAUAUCCCAGGCUUUAGGACUUUCCUCCAUUCUGGCUCAAGAUUCCAGGCGAGCGAGCGAUGCCUCCUGGCCUCUGGGAGAGAUGCCUCUGGUUGUGGGGACCACUUUUAUGGCUCAGCAUUGGAAGUUUGGGGACUGUACCUCCUACCACCCAGCCAAAGUGCACGGACUUCCAGAACGCCAACCUCCUCCGAGGCACCAACCUCAAUGUUCAGUUUCUCUUCUUUACCCCUUCGGACCCCAGCUGCGGGCAGCUACUAAAAGAAAGCAGUGACAUCCAAAACUCUGAGUUCAAUGCCAGUCUGGGAACCAAACUAAUUAUCCAUGGAUUCAGGGCGUUAGGAACUAAGCCGUCUUGGAUCGACAGGCUCAUUAGAGCCGUCCUCCAGGCAGCUGAUGUUAAUGUGAUUGCUGUGGACUGGGUUUACGGUUCUACAGGCAUCUAUUUCUCAGCCGUGGAGAACGUGGUCAAGUUGAGCCUGGAGAUCUCCCGUUUCCUCAGCAAGCUUUUGGAGCUAGGCAUGUCGGAGUCCUCAGUCCACAUCAUUGGUGUUAGUCUGGGGGCUCAUGUUGGAGGUAUGGUGGGACAUUUCUACAAAGGCCAGCUGGGACAGAUCACAGGUCUGGAUCCUGCUGGGCCAGAGUAUACCAGAGCUAGCCUGGAGGAACGCUUGGAUGCUGGCGACGCCCUCUUUGUGGAAGCCAUCCACACAGACACUGACAAUUUGGGCAUCCGGAUUCCUGUUGGACAUGUGGACUACUUUGUCAAUGGAGGCCAAGACCAGCCUGGAUGUCCCACGUUCUUCCAUGCAGGUUACAGUUACCUGAUCUGUGAUCACAUGAGAGCAGUGCAUCUCUACAUCAGCGCCCUGGAGAACACUUGCCCACUGAUAGCCUUUCCCUGUGCCAGCUACAAGGCCUUUCUUGCAGGAGACUGUCUGGAUUGUGGGAACCCUUUCCAGGUCUCCUGUCCGAGGAUUGGACUGGUGGAACGAGGCGGUGUCAAGAUUGAGCCACUCCCCAAGGAACUGAGAGUCUAUCUCAUGACUACGUCCCAGGCCCCAUACUGUGUGCAUCACAGCCUCGUGGAGUUUUAUUUGAAGGAGAAGAGAAAAAAGGACACCAGCAUUGAGGUCGCCUUUCUUAGCAACAACACUACUUCCUCAGUCAAGAUCACCAUACCUAAACAGAAGCUCGAAGGAAGAGGAGUCAUUGCCCAUCCGAACCCACAGUGCCAGAUAAACCAGCUGAAGCUCAACUUCCAAGUUCCUAGCCGGCUUUGGAAAAAGGACAGGUCUACCAUUGUUGGGACUUUCUGUACCGCCCCUCUGCCGGUCAGGGACAGGAAGAAGAUGGUCUGCAUACCCGAGUCAGUGAGUCUGCAAGCAAGCACACCUGUCUUCCAGGACCUGAAAAUUGCCUGUGUGUAGCCCGGGCCUACGCAGGAGGCGGCGGCCUGGAUUUUUUGGAGGGCAGUGUGGCAAGAGAUGCUUGUGGGCACCUUAUUCCACUCCAUCCCUACUAAUGGGGAAGGUCAAAUUCUUGGUGGUUCCCCCCACCCC